GAAGGAACCGGGGCGGGGGUGGAUGCAGGAACCGGGGCCGUGAGGUCCGGAACGGGGCAGGAUUGAACCCCCCCCACCCCCCAGUUUGGGGGCUAUGAGAGGGACCCCCUGGGUGCGGGCAGGGCCCGGGCAGCUCAGGUCCCUCCUGUGUUGAGUUGCAGAAGAAGAUCUGGUGGGAGGAGGAGGAGGAGGAAGAGGAGGAGGGGAAGAAGAGGAGAUGCCAUCCUUCAGCUCCCGCCCCAGCGGAAGGGCACGGACCAACUGCAGCCGGUGCCAGCAGAACCUCAACCUCCAGACAGCUGUCAAAGUCCUCUACGUCUUCUCCAUCCUCCUGAUGGUGGCCGUGACAGUGCUGGCUGCCCUGGUCUUCAAGAAAGUCGACUCCAUCUCCAAGGACGUCAGCUCAGCCCAGACCUAUUAUGAGAAGCAGCUCGUGUCCCUCCAGGAGGAUCUCCAGGGCUUGGAUGAGAAGACCACGGGGAACUGCUCCCUGUGCCAGGAGACAGGAGAGCUGGGCCAGGAGAUCAGCAAGCUGCAGGAGGAGCUGGAGGAGAUCCAGAAGAUGCUUUUGGUUCAAGAAAUCCUGCUGGACCGGACCUCCCAGACCCACAACCUCCUCUCCUCCACCACCACCCAGAUCACCGGCGAGGUGGACGACUGCUCCUUCUCCAUCCGGAGGGUCAACGAGAGCUUGGAGAGGUUCCUGGCCCAGGUUGGGGGGUGGCGGGCGGCGACCUCCCGGCUGGAGGAGUCCUUGAAGGGCUUGGCCCGGGAAGGGUCCGAGGUGGGGGCGGCCGUGAGGAGGAUGAACUUCAGCCUGGGCCAAACCUCCGAGCGGAUCGGGGCCGUCCAGAGGAAGGCGGAGGAGGAGACGUUGACGCUGCAGAAGGUGGUGAGCGAGUGGCAGAACUACACCCGGCUCUUCGGGGGGCUGAGGGCGGCCGCCUCGCAGAGCGGGGAGCUGGUGAGGAGCAUCCAGGGCAGGCUGGGGCUGGCGGCUCGGCAGGCGGCCCAGAACUCGGAGAGCAUGCACGACCUGGUGCUGCAGGUGAUGGGGCUGCAGCUCCAGCUGGACAACGUCUCCUCCGUCCUGGACGAGCACGAGGAGAACAUGAAGGACUUGAGCUACCACCACCGCUACGCCCAGAACCGCACGGCCGAGCGUUUCCAGAGCCUGGAAGGGCUCAUGGCCUCCCACCAGACAGAGAUCUCCACCAUCUUCGCCAACAUCAACGCCACCGACAGCCACGUCCACAGCAUGCUGCGCUACCUGGACGAGGUCAGGAUCUCCUGCACCUUGGGCUUCCACGCCCACGCCGAGGAGCUCUACUACCUGAACAAGUCCCUGGGCUCGGUGCGGGGCACCACGGAACUCCUGAGGGAGGGUUAUGGCCUCCUCAGCGCCCGCCUGGACUUCGACAUCCGCAACCUCUCCCUGGUGAUGGAGGAGAUGAAGGGGGUGGAUGCCCGGCACGGGGAGGUGCUGAAGAACGUCACCAUCUUACGAGGUGUCCCCGGCCUCCCAGGUCCCCGUGGCCUCAAGGGUGACGUGGGCAUCAAGGGCCCCCCAGGAAACCAAGGAGAGAAGGGUGACAUGGGCAGCCAGGGCUCACCAGGACCCCAGGGAACCCCCGGCCCCCCAGGACCCCCCGGUCCCCAAGGCCAAAGAGGUCCCUUGGGCUUGAAGGGCUUCCCUGGCCUCAAGGGUGCCAAGGGCAGCUUUGGGCCGUCUGGCUCAAAGGGACAGGGGGGACCCAAAGGGGACCCCGGCCCCCCAGGGCCUCUGGGGGUCACAGGGCCAGAGGGACCCCCUGGCCCUCAGGGUGAACCCGGACCCCCCGGGAUCCCCGGGGCUGGGGGGCAGGUGGGUCCAACAGGACCCAAGGGAGACCCCGGCUUGAGAGGUCCCCCCGGGCUACCAGGACCCCCGGGACCCCCGGGACUGUAACAGGGCUGGCAUGGGGACGGGGGGGUCCCCAGUGUCCCCCCAGGGUGAUGACCCUGGCAUGGGGACAGGGGCUCCCUACUGUC